UUUUUUUAAGUUUCAAUUUUAUAUUCUUUUCUAAUUUCCUUAAAUUUUUCUUUAUUCAAUUUUUUGAAUUCCCAAAUAUAUUCUUUAUUUUUCUUCAAUUUACUUUUAAUUUUUUUUUAAUUAUUGUAUUACUCUCAAUUUAUUCUCCUUUUUGUUUGUUUUUUUGCCUUUUUGUGCUUAUUACUUUUUAAAGUUUAUUAUUCCAGUUUUGCAUUUUUAAUUUUUACUAUGUAAAAUUUGCAUAAAGUGAAAGGUUAUCCAAUGAAAGUUUAUGAGUUCAUGAAUUCAUCCUUCGACAUAUCUUGCUUUUCAUUUUUUACUCUCAUUUUUCUCUCUUCCUUUAUCUUUUUUAAUUUCCUUCUUCCGCUCCUCCUUUUCCUCCAGUUUCCCAUUAACUUCUUCCUUCUCUUCUUCAUUAUCCUUCUCUUCAUUAAUUUCUUCAAUCUUAGUACUAACUUCUUCCGGUAUACUUGUAGUCAUUUCAUCAUUUUUAUUUUCUUUCUCUUCUUUGCCUUCAUCAAUCGAAUGGGUAGUCCAUCCAAAUAGAUUCCUCACACAACAUUUUCUUCUCCCUGCGAAAUUUCAUCCUUCUUGCUUUGGUCGUUCUCUUCCUCUCCCGGUUGUCCUCCAUCUAAUUCAACGAAAUCAGGCAAAACUGGAAUCUUUGGUUGUGAAGAAUGUUUGUUACUUUCUUUUAGUUGUGUUAGAUGUUUCUGUUGUUUUGUUAAUUGUUUCUAUUGUAGGCACUAAUUCCGUAGUAGUUUUCAAUUCAGGAGCUUUUUUUGGAAUGAGAGUUUCACACCAAGUUUCCUCCCAAUCGUAUGUCUCUUCUGUUGAAUUUCCAGUUAAAUUGAUGCUUAAGCCUUGCAUCUACA